CUUAUCUAAUUUAAUGUUUUAUAGUGUUGUGUUUUCCAAUAAAGGCCUCCAAAGCAACAAAGCCCUCCGUAGUUCAGAAUAUCCGUUGCUAGGCAACCACAGAACACGCUGUACAUCCGUUUGUAAAAUGUCAGGUAGAGGUGCUGGUGCAGGCUGAAGGCAGGACUCAAAUGCAGGGUCUUCCAACCAAGUGCUCUUUAUUCUCUAACAAAACAGGACAACGUGCACCACCGACGAGUAACAUGGACAAUGACGCGACAGGGGACAACAGGCUCACGGGGCUUAAAUACACUAGGGAGGUGCAAGUGAUUGGACACAGGUGGAAACAAUCAGGCAAUCACCGGACAAGGCAGGAAGUGAAGUUCACCCAGAGACACGAGAGACAAGAAACUACAAAAUAAAACAGGAAAGAGAACCAAACCGUGACAGUAAAACGGGUUCCGAUGAGUUAAAAUAUAUUUUUUAUAUAUUAAUAACUAGUUGUAUGUGUAGAAGAAAAUACUCUAAGGAGAGAAACUGGUUUCUGCCAAGGAAGAAUUAUAAACCAGCAGUGGUGGACUGUAACUGAAAGGCUGCUGUAUUACCGUUACUCCACUAUUCGACCGGCCAGUUGGGAUACCAAUUCUGGUCUAUUAUUAAGGAUUUCGCUACACUGUUCCAUAUACAGUCAUUAAAAUCAACAUGAAGCUCCACCUUUACCAACAACAUGUAAGUGAUUCGCAUAUUGAUACAAAAAUAAUAAUAAGCCAUUAAAAUGAUACAAAUGAACUGUCCUGAAUAAUUGCGUAGUCAUGGUACUACAAUAUACAAUUGUACAAUUGUAUAUGACAUCUGCCCUGAGCGGCAGCAAAAGAAAUUCCCCCCAACGACUGCAGACCUGUGAUGGUUUUGGCUGAUGUGGAUGCUGGAAUGAUGAAGCUGAUGAACGUGAUGUAGAUUGGGCAGAGAUGGGGAGGUGGGAGGAUGCGUGACAGCAAUGAAUGUACAUGAAGGUACAGAGACAGCAAUGAAUGAAACGGCAUUAAGAUGACAAAGUCAUUGUUUUGUUGUGCGUAUUGUCCUGAUUGACAGCUCCGCACAAUGACUCCAUGGAAAUGAUGAGUGUGAUUGCUUGAGGAGUGAUUGGCACAUGAAUGAGCAGUAAGGGACGGGUUAGGCGUGGGUUUUCCUGCCUGAACUCCGCUCCAAACAUCACUUGGUCAGCACGGGUUUAAAUGUGCCUAAUAAAAUACAUUUGAUUGACUGAAGUAUUAUUAUUAUUGUUUAGUGACAAACAACUCUCUGUCUCUAUUUGAGUAUAGUAAGCUGUAUCAAGGAUGUGGUUUUGUGGCUUAUUCUUUAGUUACAUUUCAUGUAAUUUAGUGACUGCCAGUAAGUGCAUUUCAACAAUAAGGAAACAAACUCAAAAGAACAAGAAACAACAGUGCAAGUGCAAUUUUAUUAAAUAAGCCCAUUUAGAACUUGUUAUAGAUAAGAGCCAUUAUUAGUACAGUUUGUUAGUGUUUCAGUCUGAAGAGGAGGGUCUUUAGGUUGCGGUAGAAGAAGUGAAAGUUCUCUGUGGUCCUGGUGUCAUCAGAGAUCUCGUUUCGUAGCCAGGGCACCAGAGUCUUUAGUGACUCAUAUACCACUGCAACUGUGGUUAGAUUUAUCGCCAGACCUAAAGUGUGGUUUUAUGCUCUGGCAGGAAAACAAAAAAAAAGAUGAUAAAGGGUGUGGACUUCCUUCAAAGGUUUCAUUUCAACACAUUCAAACUGAGACUUUCCACUCCUUUCACCAUCGGACAUCAUCCAGAUCAGGAGCGCAAUGGAGAAGAUAGUCGUGAUCUACACGGUGUUGGAGUUGCUCAUCGGCGCUAGCUGCUGUCUUGGUAAUGCGCUGGUCAUUUUGGCGCUGUGGGCCAGUAAAAGCCUUCGCCAGCCCACCUUCUGCCUCAUCGUCUCUCUGGCUGUCACCGACUUUCUGGUCGGCAUCGUGGUCGUGCCCAUAGCGCUGUUCGUGGACAGCAGAGUAGAGAUGUCUUUCCACGGCUGUCUCUUCCUCAGCUGUGUGACCAUCCUGUUGACCCUGGUCUCAGUUUUGUGUCUCAUGGCCAUUGCAGUGGACCGCUUCCUCCGGGUGUUUGUACCUCUCAGGUACAAAAGGACAGUAACGCAGAGACACUCUUGCCUUGUGGUAGCAGCGUGUUGGCUGCUUGGAAUCCCCCUGAGUUUUGCUCCCAUGCUUGGAUGGAACAAAAAUGGCUCCGUGUCCAACUCGACUAUUGAAUGCAAGUUCAUAGAUGUGAUCCCCUUGUCAUACCUGGUGUACUUCAACUUCUUUCUCUGCAACCUGGUACCUCUGACCGUGAUGACUGCGUUGUACGGCUACAUUUUCUGCACCAUCCGAGGAAACCUUCGAGAGAAACCAGGCAACAGGCCCCAAAACUCAUCUCAGGACUACCUGAAGAAGGAGAAACAGCUGGCAGGGUCUCUGUCUCUGGUCUUGUUUCUGUUUGCCGUGUCCUGGCUCCCUCUCCACAUUAUGAACACCAUUAAUUACUUUACAUCACCAGAUACUGUACACGAAAUAGCUAUCUAUGUUGGCAUCGUGCUGGUACACGCUAACUCGGCUGUAAACCCAGUCGUGUAUGCGUUCAAAAUAAAAAAGAUCAGGACAGGGUACAUGAAGCUCUGGAGAAAGUACGUAACAUGUGGAGAAGAAACACCAGUGACUCAGACAACGCAGUCGACAGACAACAAUCUCAGUAACAGUAAUAGGAUCAGCGUGGCCUUAAACGAAUGAAGUAACAAAUAUAAAGCUUGGCCAUUUCAUCUAUACUCAGCUUUGCAUUUUUUUCUGAUGAUGUAUUUUGUGUCUUUACUUUUUUGUGAGUUUUUACUUCCUGUCCGCUAUAAACAAAUAUGUUUCCCACUGUUGUAACUAAACUUUCGCAAUACUGUAGUCUAAUUGUAGUGUUGGACGCACACGUUAGACAACGUUUUUGUGUGAUUGAGUUAAACUGCAAACAAGUGUACUAUCCCUUAACCUUUUGUAUUAAAGACCUAGAAGCCUAACAGAAAGUGAGACUCAUCUGUAACUUUGAUCUGACUAAAACUCUUUGUGGUUUGAACCACUGCUUUAUCAAACUGUGUGUUGUGCCCAUCAAUCAUAUAAUAAGAAUGACUUAAUAUUAUUACAACUGAUAUACUAUCAACUUCUACUUAGAAUUCUUGAUAAUAAGAAUAUGAGAAUAGAAGAAAGAUAUGAUGACCAAAGGUGUUUAAGGCAUAAGAACAAUAUGUCACCUAAACGUCUAUUUACAAGUAUGUUCAUUUAAAGGGAUUAAAUAAACUAAAUAUUUGUAGAAUACACUGUUAUUAUAGAAUCUCACAUCAU